AUGCUCGCCGGUCGGUGUCUGGCCGCAACGGCACGACAGACCGUAUCACGACAAGCACCUCACACCCACACCCUCUUCCGCCCCGCCUGCGCACACCUCCAAUCAAGAACAUACGCCACCGCGGAGAAGGAUAAAGUCGCCAAGUUCAAGGGACAAAAGGGUAGCGAUGGCAAAUACCUCGUCAGUCUAAUAGAAGGCGACGGCAUCGGGCCGGAAAUCUCCCAAUCAGUCAAGGACAUCUUCUCCGCCGCCAACGCCCCCAUCAAGUGGGAACCCGUCGACGUCACCCCGCGCCUCAAAGACGGCCGCACCGUCAUCCCCGACGAAGCCAUCGACUCCAUCACCCGCAACUACGUCGCCCUCAAAGGGCCCCUCGCCACGCCCGUCGGGAAAGGUCACGUCUCCCUCAACUUGACGCUCCGCCGCACCUUCAACCUCUUCGCCAACGUGCGCCCCUGCAAGUCCAUCCAGGGCUACAAGACGCCCUACGACGGCGUCGACACCGUGCUCAUCCGCGAGAACACGGAGGGCGAGUACUCCGGCAUCGAGCAUGUGGUCGUGGAUGGGGUGGUGCAGAGCAUCAAGCUCAUCACCAAGGAGGCGAGUGAGCGCGUCCUGCGCUUCGCCUUCCAAUACGCGCAAGACGUGGGGAAGUUGAAGGUGCGCGCCGUGCACAAGGCGACCAUUAUGAAAAUGUCCGACGGCCUCUUCCUCUCCACCGCCCGCGACGUCGCCAAGGAUUUCCCCAACAUCGCCUUCGACGCCGAACUACUCGACAACACUUGCCUCAAGGUCGUCACGGACCCCACCCCGUACAACGACAAAGUCCUCGUCAUGCCCAACCUCUACGGCGACAUCCUAUCCGACAUGUGCGCCGGUCUGAUCGGCGGAUUGGGACUCACGCCCUCCGGGAACAUCGGCGACGAGUGCAGCAUCUUCGAGGCGGUACACGGCUCGGCGCCGGAUAUCGCGGGCAAAGGUCUGGCCAACCCGACGGCGUUGUUGUUGAGCUCCGUGAUGAUGUUGCAGCAUAUGGGCCUGAAUGAGUACGCGGAUAAGAUCCAGAGCGCCAUCUUCAAGACGCUGGCGCAGGGCAAGACGAUCACGGGGGAUUUGGGGGGCAAGGCGAAGACGGCCGAGUAUGCGGAUGCGGUGAGUUUUAGCAUCCUCUCUCUCUCUCUCUCCCUCUCUCUCUCUCUCUUUCUCUCUCUCUCUCUUUGA